UGGCUGUGGUAGUCGAGUCUAGAAAGGUCAAAAGUCAGGCCAUUUCAUUCUAAAUUCAGCUUUCAGCAAGUCAGCCUUCACAUUUGUCUGGUCUUUUUCGGAAGGAUAUGCCCCGCCAACGUUCGGAAAGUCCGCGAUCCACCGGAUCAAUGCGCCGCCAAAGCAGCCGGAGCAGCCAUGUCUUCGCCACAAAGCCGUCGCGUGGUAGCAGCAAGGAUCUGCCGGCGGUGCAGCAGCCCAAGAAGGAAUCCCUGCCAGCUGCAGCGCCUGCUGCCUCGUCAGCCACCUCCACAGAGACAAAAGGUCCUAGCACGGCAGAUAGGUUCAAGGACAUGGCCACCACGGCGGCUGGCGUGGCAGCAGGAUCAGCUGUGGGCCACGCUGUGGGCGCAGGACUCACCGGAAUGUUCCAGGGACGUGGUCAGGCAGCCAAGGAGCAGCCUUCGCAGGAGGGAUCCUUGGGAGCUUCAGCUUCGCAAUCAGUACCGAAACCUCAACUAGUGGAGGAUGGUCCCUGUGCCUUCGAGCUGAGGCAGUUCCUCAAGUGCACCGAGGACAACAGCAGUGAUCUCUCCGUUUGCAAGGAGUUCAACGAGGCAAUGCAGCAGUGUCGGCGGCGCUACAAUGUCUGAGAUGCUAUGCUGAGAUGCUAAAAUGAUGACCUCAUCCAGAUCUUAGAAGCAAAUCAAUGAGAUUAUUCUAAAGCAUACGUAUAUGUACAUAUGGUAUUUAAUUUACAGUUGGCUACCUAAGAAUAGGAAUUUUUUCGGAAUAAAAUGAUAAUGGAGUCCAAAUCGAAAAAUUUUCGCUUCGUCAGACU